AUACGCACAUGGCCAACGUCAAUUCAUCACUUUGCCAUUCAUCUUCCCCCAGCAACGCCACUUGUGUAACACGCCACUUUUGGCUCUGUCUUCAUUGGCAUUUACUUAGAGGUAGUUCAGGGCCAGAUCUGGAAAUGACAUUUCUGCCCAGAGACGCAUCUCCUGAUGCGGGGGACGCCUUUUGGAACUCCGGAGUUGAGCUUUCUCUUAUCCUCGGCUUCGCUGCUGCCUACGCCUUUUACUACUUGGUCUUCAUAGCGAAGAAACCUCAACUGAUUACCGGUGGAAGUAAGUUGCGUCACUUCUUGAGCGAGCGAUGUCCGGUGGUAUCAGAAACCUACUUCCCCACAUUCUGGUGCUGGGAGAGCCGAAUGCAGACGCUCAUCAGGCCUUUAAUUGCAGCCAUACCAAAGAUCCACUAUAGAAAUGAACUCAUUAAGGCCGCUGAUGGGGGGCAGAUUUCCUUGGACUGGUGUGAUAGUGACGGGAGCCCCAGUUAUGCAGAUGCUUCCAGAAGGCCAACUGUCCUACUGCUGCCCGGCUUAACAGGAUCAAGCCAAGAAUCCUACAUCCUGCGAAUGGUUUACAUUUGCCAAGAACUGGGUUACAGGUCUGUAGUCUUCAACAACCGGGGUGUUUCUGGCGAAAAGCUUUUGACACCAAGGACAUACUGUGCUGCUAACACGGAAGACCUUCAGGAUGCGAUCGCACACAUCAAGAGCAUCUACCCUUCUGCCCCUCUAAUUGCAGCCGGAUUUUCAAUGGGAGGGAUGCUCCUGGCAACCUACCUGGGACGUGUGGGGAGGGACACCUGCCUGCAGGGGGCAGCAGUCUUCUCGGUUGGCUGGGACGUAUUCGAAUCCACGGCCUCGCUGGAGAGACCUCUCAACCACCUGCUCUUCAACUCGUACCUGGUCAGCUGCCUGAAGGCUUCUCUUUAUAGACAGAAGAGUGUUUUUGAGAAUGUUAUUGACGUCAACCAUGUAAUGAAGGCAAGAACCAUCCGAGAGUUUGACGAGAGGUUCACAUCCGUCAUCUUCGACUACGCGACCAAUAAUGACUAUUACCGAGAUGCCAGCCCUGUUCAUCGCCUAAAAUCAGUGCAGAUCCCCAUGCUGUGCUUGAAUGCAGCUGAUGACGUUUUCUCCCCUGGUCAUGCCAUUCCUGUGGAGAGAGUGAAGCAAAACCCAAAUCUAGCACUACUGGUCACCUCUCACGGGGGCCACAUUGGCUUCCUUGAAGGACUGUGGCCCCGUCAGAGCACCUACAUGGACCGUGUGUUCAGGCAGUUUACCAAGGCCCUUAUUGAGCAAGGGAGCUGUCUCCAGGACCUCUGAAGCAAACUUCCCCAUGGCUGUCAUCCUCUGUAAUAGCAGCACAAAGUCCAGGGUAAACAUGUCUAUUUGAAUGUACAAUCAAAGUUUACCCACACAGAAUUUACAACAAUGCUUUACAAAACAUACUGUUUCCUGAAGCCAAUUCCAGCUCGUACACAAAUUACAGUGAGAGCAGAGGGGGGGUAGUUCCUAUUUGCAUUCAUUAUAAUAGGUUUACAAAAUCUCUGUGCUAUUUAUUGUAUUAUUAAACCUUCUUGUGAAACAUUAA